AAUGAAGGUUAAGGGCUGAGGGCUAAACUUGCCAGCUAUGGCAGCUGCCUCAACAUGUCUAAUAGCAAAGUUGAACCUCAUGUUUUCAUCAGUCACAAGCAUUAUCUUCUUAUAUAGUCUAUGUCUCGUUUGGAGGGAUAUAAACCCCUAAAUGUACAGAGUACAUUCAUUUAACAGCACUGGGUGGUGGUAAAACCUCUAAAUAACGCUUUUAUGGAAAAUAACUGUACACAAUCAAGAAUAAACGAGUCCAAAAAACAAGUGCACAUAUUAAAUUGUGUUCAUCUAUCCAAUCUAUGCUUAAAUGUCUACAGUCAUGACGUCUCGCCUUUACGUGCUGCGUCACUGGCAUGCGUCAGUCUAAAAUGUAAACACUCCUCGCGAUCCAGCAGCAGCUUCCUCAGUGAUAGUUUGUCGAGUUAGCUAACGUGAUGUUUCCGCGUUUAAUAUUUUACCAGCGAAAGGUCACCAGCUUAGUUUAUUACUGUAAAUAAUCCAAGUAGAUCAGAUGAUGUUCUAAAUUCUUUUUUGGGGCUUUACAAGACCGCAUCAAAUUACUGUCGUUAAGUUAAUAUUAGCUAGUUUCAGCUAGCUAGCCCCGGACGUGCAAAGCCUGCUUCCUUGCAAAGGAAUUACACUCAGCAUUAUUUCGGCUGCUAUAUUUUUAUGCUAAAAGCUCACCCUUCUUUGUGCUGUUAUGGUGCUUUCAUUGGUAAGCCUUUGUGCCAAGGAGGUGGUGAGUGACCACAGUUCGUCGCCCUGCUGGCUGAGGUGGGUGCCCAGGGAGCUGUACAGACCGCUGCUGGAGGCCUCUUUCGCCAGCUGCAGACCGCUGGCUGUUGGUGAACUGGUGCAGAGGUGGCCUGAACGCACACUGCGUGUCGGCAGACGCAGGAAACAAGGGCAAACCGGGCCAAAUCGACUCUGCAUCCAAGCUCUGUUACUUGCAGUCGUCAGAGGACUGUCGGACAAAAGGUGUGCCCUGCAUGUACUGGACCUCUGUGGACUGCAAGGAGAUGAAGGAGGGAUGGGAGACCCCAUGGGAGGAUGGUCUCUGACUGUAGCUCUCUGCACCAUGGUUGUUCAGGCCAGAGCUGGAGCACAGAGGGCACAGCGGGAGAGGAAAAGGUUCUCAGCUCUGGAGAGAGAAACGGAUGUGAAAAGAGAGAGGGGACAGCGGAAGAGAGGGAAGGAAACAAAUGGCGAUGAUGAGACAAGCACAGAUAAUACGGAGCUGGGGGGAAAUGACAGAGAGAGGAUGGGAUCAUGUGGGGUUCUGGGCGAAGAGGAGCUGAUUAAAGGUGUCAGGAGGAGGAUGGAGAUAGAGAGGAAAAGAGAGAUUGCCAUGACAGGUUUAGGUGGCAGUAGUAUAAAUGAGACUGAAGAAAAAGAUGUAAACAGUGAUGUGUUGGUGCAUGUAAGAGCUGAUCUUUUUGUAAAUGCUCGCUCUUGGGAGCGUGUUCGCGGGGCUCUGAGUUCAGUGGGACCCCUCAAGCUUCAGUGCAGAUACCUACGUGUGGAAGAGAUUUCAGUAUCUAGUAUCAGGACUCUGCUAGGCAUGCUGCCUCGCCAGGGUCUUCUGGGCAUUGAUGUUCGCUACAGCAGCCUCGGGGUGGCUGGCUUGGCUGAGCUGCUGCCUCUGCUCUCCACCUUCCCUGCACUGAACUCUCUUCGCUUGCACUACUGUAACUUGGAUUUUCGCGGCGACCAGCCUGGCCAGGAAGAGGCCCUGAGAGACUUGUCUCAGGGUCUGACACAGCUGCAGGAACUGCGACGCCUCAGCCUCACAGCGCUGCGCCUGCCUGGACAACUCCGUGUGCUACUUAGCUCACUGCCUCAGCCUCUAGAGAUACUGGAGCUACCAUAUUUGAGCCUGAGCCCUGCUGACCUCGCCUAUCUGUCCUGCAGCCAUCAUGCCUCCACACUGCAGCAGCUGGAUCUAAGCGAGAACCAUCUAGAUGAGAACACCCUGACCUCUAUUCGCCGCCUCCUCUCCCAGGCUUCCAGUAGCCUGCAGCACCUCUCUUUAAGUGGCUGCGGCUUUACUGAUGGCCUGCUGGGACUCUUGCUGCCCACACUGGGAGGCUGCAGGGCCCUCAAGAGCUUGGCUUUGGCCCUGAACCCACUCUCCAUAGCAGGCCUCGUGGACCUGGUUAGGAUGGCUGUGAGAAUGCCCUCUCUCCGUCAGUUACUGUACCCCAACCCCCUGGAGGACUACCAGCCGGGCCUUCCUGACCUGCCCACCAGUGCUCAGCUCUUAGACUGGCCGCUGGAUGAAGUCACAGACAUCAACAUUACCAGCAGCCAGCUCAACAGGGUGCUGAUAGAGAGCGGGCGCACGGACCUCUUUCUGACAUGCGACCUGCUCAAUUAUGACAAAGACUUGGUGGACUAGAGCAGAGGUGAAGGGGAAGGAAAGAUGCUUUUUUUUUUUUGUUCGCUUGCCAACACAUACCAGAGCAAUGUACAUAUACCUGACAAUGAAAUUGUCACCCUAAUAAUGAUGUAGUAUUCAAUUAUCUGUUGUUUUUAACUUUACUUAAUCACCAUCAGUCUCAUGUAUGUUUCUCUUAAGGGUAGACAGAGUUAAGGGUGAUGGAGGGGAAAGUCAUUGUGUCACUGUGUUUUUUUUUUUUUAUUGUUGGGAGAUAAGGUUUCCUCCUCUGAAGGAACAUUCACACGUUUUUAAUAUUUGUUUGCCAGACAAAAGGACACAUGGAGGUGAUUACAUACAGUAACCUCUACUCCUUCGGGAGGCCAGUGAUAAGCCAUGCUUCAAUAUAAUGGUGCUAUACUACUUUAAUAAGUUCACUUGUUGAAUGUAUAAAUGAAAUUGUUGCAUAUGCUGGUUUUGUACCAAAAAAUACUUUGUGCUUUAUAAUCAGAUUAACAAGACAGUUGGACUACAACUAUUAUCAUCCUUCUGUUUGAAGCAGUACUUUUUUUAAACAAGGCACUCAUUCAUAUUCAGUAUCUGAUCACUUAUUACAUGUGCAUACUACGCGUCAACAACCAAAACUACAAGUUUGACAGUGGUUUCCUUUUACAGUGUGUGUUUGCUAAGUAUUUGCAUAAUUGUUCCUUAAACAGGAAAUGAAUGUAACUGCAAAAUAUUUUAUUUUAAAUACAUACCAAUUAUUUGAGUAAUGUACUUUGUCUUUGUGCUUUUCUAAUUGACAUAUUUGUCAUACUGUAUUUCUUGAAUAUCUGUUUUAAAAUGUCAAGGAUUGUGCUUUAAUGUUUUCGUCCAACUUAUAUAUAUAUCAAGUCAAAGGUAAAAAAAUCAUUACAGGAAAUGCGUGUACCAAAUCACCCUCGUACCACAUGAAUGCAUUUACAUACUGUCAGUCACAAAAUAAAUCAGUCAAAAAUCUUUGAAGAAAA